AUGCGCCUUUUUCUACAAUUGAAUAGACGUAUAUGGAUUCGGUUGGCUAUCCUCUGUUGUUUUUGGAGCUCGUCUGGGUGGUGUUACAUCGGAAAUAAGAGUAAAGAUGGUUUUUUUCAUCGUCAUCACGAGCCCCGAUCAGUGGUUCGUGAUGGACGAGUAGUAAACAUUACCACCAAGAAUAGCAGUGAAGUCAAGAGCGUCUUGAACCCUACACACGGAAUUGUUUAUGUGUACCGAUACGAGGAGUCAAGAAACGAGACAACUGCCCUGCGAGUGUCAACACAAAGUAAAGGUGCCCUGGAUAAUUUCCCUGUUAUAUUUGUUGUUCGACAACAAGAAGGAGUCAUUUCAUGGACCAUCCCUUUUUACCUGGAUUUUCAGUAUGAAUUUUAUCAAGUGAGUCGAACUUUAUGCCCUGUUGACAAAAAUCACAGAAAAGACAUUAAACCCAAACAGGACAUCAUAAUUGAGGUCAGCUCUCUGGCAGAAAAUUCUACAGACUUUUAUUUAACUACAUCUUUAAUUGAAAACUUUGAACUAAGAUUGGGUGAGAAAAAAGAUGUUACAGUGACUCCUACAGAGCCCAAAUAUUACAUGUUUUCUUUUCCUUUGGGUGUGGAGUCUGUGAUUGUUACAGGCAAUUCAAAAGACACAAAUUGCCUUACAAUGUCAAUUCAAGACAUAAGGUGUCCUGUAUAUGAUAUGGACCGUAAUAUCCGUUUCCAUGGUCUCUAUCAAACUAUGAGCAAAGAAGCAGCCAUUGUUGUCCAGAAUUCCAGCAAGCUUCUAACAGAAAAUGCAUUUUAUGUAGUUUUGGUAUUGAUGCCAAACAAUAUGGAAUGUUCUAGUAUUGAGGAGGUUAUACCAGGUGGUAAAAUUAGAUCGAAGAACUUAACAAUUCUCAUCAAUAAUACCACUCCAGUUAACAAAUACUCUUAUGCAAUUGUUGCAUCUGUUGGUGUUUUCUUUAUGGUCUAUGUUAUUGCUGGAGUGAUAAUUCUCAUAUUUUAUUUAUGUGACAAAAAUGAAGGCUUUUUAAGUUUAAGUGAACAAGAACGAGAGAAAAUUUUAUGGGGAACUCAAAGGCUUGUGCAUUCAGAGUCUGAUUUGGAUGAAAGAAUUGGUAUACAGCCAGCUGAAGGUGGACAGCAUUCCUAUGGAACUAUCAACAGAGAUUCUCAUAAUCCAACAUCUCCCCUCCUAAAUGCUGUCUCUCCAAGUGCGACCACGGAUGAUUCUUCAUCAGUAAAUUCUUCCCUGGAUACUCAAGACAUUGAUUUCCUGCAUGAUGCUGAAGAAGAGAAAGAUGUUUUCAGAACAAAGACUGCAUUAUUUGUAUCAGACUUGUCAAGGAAAGGAAGGAAAAAACUAGCCAAGUAUGGAAAAGUGUAUAACUGGAAUUUAUGGACAAUUGUUAUAUUCUAUGGUUUACCUGUUGUUCAGCUGAUGAUUACUUAUCAAAAAGUUCUUCACCUGACAGGCAAUGAAGACACUUGCUAUUAUAACUUUAAGUGUGCCAUGCCAUUUGGAGUACUUAGUGCAUUCAAUAAUGUCUUCAGUAAUAUCGGCUAUGUCAUGCUGGGCAUAUUGUUCUUACUCCUUGUCUGGAGAAGGGAUUUGUUACAUAGAGAAACUGUAAAAAAAUUUGGAAAUAUUGAGCAGUAUUAUGGUAUUCCUCAACCAUAUGGCCUGUUUUAUGCUAUGGGCCUUGGCCUUUGUAUGGAAGGAGUGAUGAGUGCCUGCUAUCAUGUAUGCCCAACUUAUUCCAAUUUCCAAUUUGAUACUUCAUUUAUGUAUAUUAUUGCUUGCCUGUGUAUGCUACGUUUGUACCAGACAAGGCAUCCAGAUAUAAAUGCUAAGGCCCACACAGCAUAUCUUUAUAUGGCCUUCAUUAUCUUCAUAGCAGUUAUUGGAGUGGUUUACCAAAAUCCCAUUUUCUGGAUUAUUUUUGCUGUGAUACACUUUAUAACAACGCUGGUCCUAAGUGUACAGAUAUAUUACAUGGGCAGGUGGAAAAUAGAUCUUGGUCUUUUUAACAGGAUGCGGUUAAUGUUGUGUAGUGAUUUUUUACAGUGUGCAAGACCCAUGUACAAGGAUCGGUUAAUUCUGCUGAUUAUUGGUAAUAUUCUAAACUGGUCCUUUGCUGUAUAUGGAGCAGUGAAAAAACCAAGUGACUUUGCCAGUUACUUGUUGGCAAUUUUCAUUGGGAAUCUGCUGUUUUAUCUCUUUUUUUAUUUGAUUAUGAAACUUCGAAGCAAAGAGUCAAUAAAAAAAUGGACAUGGUUCUAUAUUAUUAUGACUUGUGUUUUAUGGGGAUUUGCUCUGUACUUCUUCCUGAAUCAUCUCACCUCAUGGCAGUUGUUACCUGCUGAAUCUCGGGACAAAAAUCAUAAGUGUAUUUUGUUGGAUUUUUAUGAUGCUCAUGAUAUCUGGCAUUUCUUAUCAGCAUCAAGUAUGUUUUUCUCUUUCAUGAUCCUGCUGACUUUAGAUGAUGAUCUCCAGUUGAUCCGGCGGGAUCGAAUUCCUGUGUUUUGA